UGGCAGCCAUUGACGGACACUACUGUCAGUCAAGCAGACUGGAGUUUUUUUGGCUGGAAACGCCGCAAUGUAUACAGAGUUUCAGACGGGGGACCUCGACGACGUGGGUGUAAACUUGUGACAGUUUCCUGCGUCUCUAUCUUUAUACUGAAAUAUUUUGUUCGGCGGAAAAGUAGUGAGGGCUGGCAGGAAUAUCGCUACAAACGUCGUAAAGGAGCAAGGGUUAUUACAAGUCAGGUGUCGGUCAAGAUGGCCCAGUGGAAUCAGUUGCAGCAGCUGGAGACCAGGUAUCUGGAGCAGCUCUACCACCUGUACAGCGACAGCUUCCCAAUGGAGCUGCGGCAGUUCCUCGCACCCUGGAUUGAAAGUCAGGACUGGACUUUCGCUGCCAACAAGGAGUCUCAUGCCACCCUGGUGUUCCAUAAUCUCCUGGGCGAGAUCGACCAGCAGUACAGCCGCUUCCUGCAGGAGAACAACGUCCUCUACCAGCACAACCUGCGGCGGAUCAAGCAGCACCUGCAAAGCAAGUACCUAGAGAAACCCAUGGACAUCGCCCGCAUCGUCGCCCGCUGCUUGUGGGAGGAGCAGCGGCUGCUACAGACGGCCACUGCUGCCGCGCAGGAUGGACAGGCCGCCCACCCGACUGGGACGGUGGUGACGGAGAAGCAGCAGAUUCUGGAACACAACCUUCAAGAUGUCAGGAAACGAGUCCAGGACAUGGAACAAAAGAUGAAGAUGCUGGAGAACCUGCAGGAUGAAUUUGAUUUCAACUACAAGACACUAAAAAGCCAAGGAGAGCUGAACCAGGACCUGAACGGGAAUAGCCAGGCGGCAGCUACCAGGCAGAAAAUGGCUCAGCUAGAGCAGAUGCUGAGCACCCUGGACCAGCUCAGACGGCAAAUUGUGACGGAGAUGGGAGGCUUACUGACCGCAAUGGACUACGUCCAGAAGAACCUGACAGACGAAGAACUGGCAGAAUGGAAGCGACGACAACAAAUUGCCUGCAUCGGAGGGCCGCCAAACAUCUGUCUGGACCGCCUCGAAACAUGGAUCACGUCCUUGGCCGAGUCCCAGCUCCAGAUUCGACAGCAGAUCAAGAAGCUGGAGGAGCUUCAACAGAAGGUGUCCUACAAGGGAGACCCCAUCGUCCAGCACCGGCAUGCCCUUGAGGAGAAGAUUGUGGACUUGUUCAGAAACCUCAUGAAGAGUGCAUUUGUAGUGGAAAGACAACCGUGCAUGCCCAUGCACCCGGACAGACCACUGGUCAUCAAAACAGGCGUGCAGUUCACAAACAAAGUCAGGCUACUUGUGAAGUUUGCCGAGCUCAACUACCAGCUGAAAAUUAAAGUUUGCAUUGACAAGGAGUCUGGAGACGUGGCUGCUAUCAGAGGGUCCAGGAAGUUCAACAUCCUCGGCACUAAUACAAAAGUCAUGAACAUGGAAGAGUCCAACAAUGGCAGCCUGUCGGCGGAGUUCAAACACUUGACCCUCAGAGAGCAGCGGUGCGGGAACGGCGGACGCACCAACAGUGACGCGUCUCUUAUCGUCACCGAGGAGCUCCAUCUGAUCACUUUUGAGACUGAAGUCUAUCACCAAGGCCUGAAGAUCGAUCUGGAGACGCAUUCGCUGCCGGUGGUGGUCAUAUCAAACAUUUGCCAGAUGCCAAACGCAUGGGCGUCCAUCUUGUGGUACAACAUGCUCACCGACCAGCCCAAGAAUGUGAACUUUUUCACCAAGCCGCCGGUGGGGACGUGGGACCAAGUGGCUGAAGUGCUCAGCUGGCAAUUUUCGUCCACCACCAAAAGAGGCCUGACCAUCGAGCAGCUCACCACACUGGCUGAGAAACUCUUAGGGCCGUCUGUCAACUACUCCGGCUGUCAGUUUACAUGGGCCAAGUUCUGCAAGGAAAACAUGGCCGGCAAAGGCUUUUCUUUCUGGGUGUGGCUGGAUAACAUCAUUGAUCUGGUCAAAAAAUACAUCCUGGCGCUGUGGAAUGAGGGAUACAUCAUGGGCUUCAUCAGCAAGGAGAGAGAGAGGGCCAUUCUCAGCCCCAAACCGCCGGGCACAUUUCUCCUGCGCUUCAGCGAGAGCAGCAAGGAGGGCGGCAUCACGUUCACGUGGGUCGAGAAGGACAUCAACGGCAAGACUCAGAUCCAGUCCGUGGAGCCGUACACCAAGCAGCAGCUCAACAACAUGUCCUUCGCCGACAUCAUCAUGGGUUACAAAAUCAUGGACGCCACCAACAUUCUUGUUUCCCCCCUCGUGUACCUUUACCCCGAAAUUCCAAAGGAGGAAGCUUUCGGGAAGUACUGCAGGCCGGAAGCGGCUCCUGAACCCGAGUUGGGAGACUCCACGAGCGUCAUUCAGCCGUACUUGAAGACCAAGUUUAUUUGCGUUACCCCGUGUCCCUCCGUGUUCAUGGACUUUCCGGACAGUGAGCUGCUUGGGAACGGAUUCGCGGGCACAAACUCGGGCAACACCAGCGACCUUUUCUCCUUAUCUCUGUCCCCGCGCACGCUGGACUCGCUGAUGCCCAAUGAAGCGGAUGGUAAUCCGGGACAUCUGGAAUCUUUGACUCUGGACAUGGACGUCGCUUCUCCCAUGCAUGUGAACACGUCCAACUUGGUUUGAUUUUACAGAUGAUUGCGACGCUUGCGUCACUUUCAACCGUCGCCUCACACGGUGACGUGCGAAAAUGAUAUCAUUUUUAAAUAUGCGUUUUGAAAUGUAUGUGCGUGUCAUGAGUUUCAUCGCCGUAUAAGCUACGUCAUUGUUUUAAAACAUACUUUUGUGUCUUACUUUUUAUCCCUGCCAAAUGUAAUUAUGCAAAUGUAGUGAUUGCCAUUUUUACCGUAUUCAUCUUCAAGAACUAUAAAACAUCAUGUACAGUACAUACUUACGUUUCAUUAGCCCUCUUUUGUCUUCUGUUUUCAAUGCUUUUGCUUUGAAUCUGUCUUGAGUUUUAUUUUCUCCUAACACGUGGUGUUAAAAAUCUCGGUUUCCAAAUGAGUAUUUGGGAAACAACUGCCAUGUUAGACCAUUGUUUCUUGUACAAAGACGAAUGUUACUUUUACGAGUCAUUAUAUUUAGGCAAUAAAAGAAAUUCAUACUGAAAA